UUAUUCAUCAGACCAUGUGUGAUGGCUGCAGACGGGAAAACUUCUCUGGACUGCGCUAUAAAUGUGAAAAGUGCCACAACUACAGCAUGUGUCAAGAAUGUUUUUGGCUGGGAAGGUUCUCACCACCUCAUUCCAUUCACCAUCAAGUCAAGGAGUACACAGCUUUUACUCCAACGCGGCACUCUUUUCGGCGCAGUCUGAAGUGUGUUCCUGACAGACCUUCAGUAGACAGACCGAGAUUUCCAGAAAUGCCAGAGAAGACACUAAAUCUUUCUCAUAUUGUGCCCCCUUCACCUCUUCCGUCACACAACGGCUUUGAGGGGGGAGCCUCAGCACCGAUACCUACCUCCUUAGAAAGUCGGUCUUCCAGUAGAAGUUGUGUCAGCAGCUUGCCAGACUGGAGUCAGUUGGAUGAGGAGCAUCGACUUAUAGCUCAUUAUGCUGCUCGUCUUGCUAACCAGACCUCCCUUUCUGGAAGUGAAAGUGUGGACUCAAGCCCUGGCUUUGAUGCAUCUUCUGCUCAGCGAGAUUUGAUCUUGUCGCUGGAAGCGAAGAAUAGGGAAAUUAUGAAGGAAAUUAAUAUUCUAAGGAACAGAGUGUAUGUUUGCAGGCAGCAGCAGGAAAGAGCUGAGGGCAGCAGUAAUCCUACAUUGGUGGCAGAGCUUCGUGCUUUGCGGUCUCAUCGGCAUGAGCUGGAGUCUAACUUGUCUUACCUGCAAGAUUCACGCAAGCAGUUGAUGCAGCAACUUGAGGGGCUUAUGAAGAUGCUCAAAAACCGCCAGACCUCACCCACCACCCCCAAUGGCUCCCCCAAGUCUCCUCCUCUCUCCUCGGGGGGAACAGUAGGUAGUGGCAGCAUUAUGACCCACCUGCCUGGGGGCACUCAGGGGUCCACGUCUUCCUCCCGCUCAGCUCCCCCCACACCCUCGCACACGCCGCAGGUUUCCACACUUGACUCUCUUUCCUCGUUGCAUGUGGAUGGACUGCAGUCAGCUGUGUCUUCAGUUUUCUCAAGUGCAGGUUCAAGCUGCACUCCUGACAACUCUCCCGAUGAUGAUGAUAGUUUGGCCUCUCGCAGCUUAAGAAAUGAUCUCCUGGUAGCAGCUGAUUCUGUCACCAAUGCAAUGUCUAGCCUUGUAAGGGAGUUAAACUCAGGUAGGUGCUGGAAAUUCUCUAACAGCCACAGUAACGCACAAGUGGUGCAAGUGACAAAAAGUAAAUUAUCGUGCUAGUCAUUUGGCAUUUGUCAAUGGUUAUGGCUAUGUGUCGAUUAAGUGUUAUGCUGUAUCUUGCAGAGAACUUAAUGAUGGUGAAUUCAAGGUAGUUGUUCUAUAGCCCUGUGAGGAAAACUGAAAUAAGAUGGAAAGAACUUCCAAUC